AUGGACGAUUCCGUCACUCCCCAGCGGUUCAAAUAUGCGUGCACCGAAUGCCAAAGGAGGAAACAAAAAUGCAAUAAAAUCUUCCCUUGUGUACACUGCAAGUCUCGAGGUGUCCAACGCAAUUGUAUCUUCAAAGAAAAGCCAGCGAAACCAGCUAAUCCACCACCACAAGCGAGCGGUGCUACUACAAGCAAGACAACCGUUGGAGUCGGAGCUUCCAAGAAACGGUAUCGCGGCAGUAGCGAAGACUCUAGUUCCGACAAUAACUCUGACGUAGACACUGGUAAUGGAGGACUCGAUUCCGUUGGACAGAAUGUCGCCCCUGUGGACUCGGAUAAUCCAGGUUCCCUCGUACCUGAGCAGUCCAGUGGUCAACUUACGCAGCUUUCUCCCGAUACACAGAUGAGACAAUCCCGACCUCGACGCAACAAGCAGUACCACAUUUCAGCCGAGGCCUGCACCGAACUGCGCUCUGCACUCGCCAUUAUUCCAGAAGACCGGAAUCACGUAGCGCGUUAUCUCUACAGCGCCAUGCCUCCCGGUCAUUACCAUAAGAACAAUGUCUUGUGGCUCUUGCAUUCAACGUAUUGGUACAAAGCCGAGGCCCUGUUUGUCGAGGCCUGUCAUAUAUUCUAUACAGCCGUUCGUGAAGCCCAAGAACUCGGAUUCGAUACGGAACGAGAUACAAAUGACGUACCCAACUUUGAGCUCGAAAUACGGCGGAGAGCUUGGUGCGUAAUCGACUCGUGGGACUGGCAGAUAGCUUCCGGACUGUCUCGAGAUACAAUGGUCGAUCACAGCAUGUGUAAUGCGAAACGCCCCUCAUUGACGUUGGAACCGGACGGAGAGUUCUCUCCUUUGAUGCACAUGAAUAUGCAGUCAGAUCUAAUCCACAGACUGGCCGGCCGCUUCCCUUGCCCGGCUCAAAUCAAGACACGUAGCGAGGUCAUGGAAUACAAAGGCAUGAUUGAUGAGUGGAUGAGGAAUUUCCCUCCAAUCUUUGCGUUGACGAACCCAGACACGUCAAACGACAAGAAGCAAGCCUGGAUCGAGUAUCAUCGCCACUACAACUACACCAUGGGAUACAUGAUGGUCCUGAAUCCAUUUCGGCCGCAUAUGGCGUUGCCAUACACCGACGAGUCUUCUGAGGAGGAGCUAGAGCUUCGUAGGAUUGCGGUUGACUUGACCCUGAUGAUAGUUCAAGUCCUGGACAACUGGCUAAAAUUUCUCACCUUUCGGGACGGGCGAUUUCAUUUCAUCAUCUUUUCUCUUGUUGAUGCCGCGACUGUGAUGAGCAACAUGGUGCUCAACGACAAAGCCCAGACGCUUCCUCGCCGAGACGAUGUUUACCGCGCUAUCAAGACUACCUUGGUGCUCCAGAGGAAGCUUUACUUCCUAUCAGGCUCUGCCAAGCUGGGGUUCAGAAUUGUUCAGAGAAUCGUUAGGCACCUAUUUCGCUCGACACCGACAGAGUACUUGGAUUCACUGGAGAAUGCUGAUCAUGAUGACACAAAUGACGAUAACACGCAGCCGGUUGUAUCCGAUACACUAGAUCAAGCCUCCAGUGGUGCGCUGAUGAAUGUUCAAUACAUUGAUCCCGAAGCUCCUGUGAGCCCUGGAUUGUGGGAUAUAUCGGUCACUGAGGUCCCUGCCCCGGUGUCCGACGCUCGAACUGGAUCACAGCUUGCUACUUAUGCUGAUUAUGGAACACCCAGUCACAAUAAUGGUGCGACCGUGGGACCUGACGGACAUACGGGCAACAUAAGUCCACACAUGAUCUCCAAAGACCGGGCAAAUACGUCUUCCCAAGAUACUUUAGCUAUCCCCGCAACAUUUAACUCUGCUGAACCCACGGCCUCUACUACUGGUAACGGGCCUGUACCCGUGGACUACUCAUCAUCAGCAUCUCUACCUUCAGUGUCAUCUGCAUCUCCAAGCUAUGUUACGGCCUUGACCCCCGAAAGUACUGCAGGUACAGCCGCACCUGUUGAAUCUACAUUGUCCGGGCACGCCCCCGUUUCACCGUCGGGCUAUGUUUCUGCCGCAUCUCCAAAUGUUGCUGCGGCCCCGUCUUCAGGCCCCAUUACAUCUGGGUCUCCGUACUAUAUUGCGACGACACCCGUUUACUUUGGGCCUGUCCCGGCUGGUCAAGUCUCGGAUACGUCGCUGAGCAAUAUUACCGAUGCUUCUUUGCCCUUGGGCAAUAUUGUUGAUGGGCCUUUGCCGUGGGGCAAUAUCAUUAAUACCUCUUUGCCGUUAAACAACACGGCUGGUGCGCCUUUGAACGGUGCCCUAGAUUAUUCUGCAUUCUAUGCCGCAGGUGCAUCUCCGGUUUAUAAUUCUACCAUGCCAGCUUAUAUUGACCCUGCAUUCCUUUCGACACUUAGCCCAUCUGCAGCUUCUGAGGACAUCGUGGCUACCUCUAUGCCCAAUAUCGGGCCCAUCACAGGAUUAACACCUCCAUCUUUUUCUACAAUCAUUCCGGAUACCACCACUUACGACACUUCCACGCCACACCUUCCUUGGCCGGGUUAUAAUGAUGCAGGACUGUAUACCACGCCAAAGUCUCAUGAAGCUUCUAUAGGGUAUGACAUUAACGCGCCAUUGAAUGCGCCCUCGACUUAUGCUACUCCCGCCUCAUACAGCUCCCCGGAAGGCCAUGCAAGCACUGAACACAGUUUGAAUCCUCCAACAGGAUACGACACGCCUUCCUCCGUUUUCUUUACAACCAAUAAUACCACUUCUGAUAUUUACACGUCACCUUCGGAGGGUUAUGCAUCUCCGGAGAAUCAUGCUGCACUAGGGGAUUAUACCACUUCAACAUCCGCCGGAACUGCUCUACUUUACUCAGACGAGGAUUACAAUGCCCAUACGGUCUCCACGGUGUAUGAGACUCCAGAGUCUUAUCACACUGCGCCGUCUUCUGCCACACCUGAAAAUCACUCUAAAUCUCCCGAUAUCUAG